AUGGGAAUUCUCGGCUUCUCUCGAAAAAACAAGACCGAAUUGAGCACUAAUAAACCCGAUGAGGGCCAGAUUACAGAUGAUACACUAUACGUCAAGGAAACUGAGACCGCCAAGCAAGAAGCGCCUAGGAAAAAACCAUUCUGGCGCGUCAAGAGAGCGCGGGGAGAAGGAUGGACCCACUACGGAGGUAAGGCCUUUGAAGGAGGAUACAUUGGAGCAGGCGGAGGGGGAGGUUACUUUGGAUACAGCUAUGAUUCUGGCGGCGGUUUUGGAGGUGGAGGAGACGGAGGGUGCGGUGGAGAUGGAGGCGGAGGAGGAGACGGAGGCGGAAGCUGUUCCUGA